ACUUCGGAGCGGUCGCCAGGUUACCGAGAGGUGGAGCCAGGGAGGUGUUGUGGCCCGGAUAUCGGGGUGCUGUCUUGGGGUCCGUAGAUCCCAGAGUCCCAGCGGGGAGGCUCCCGGUCGACUGAUGGCUGUCGAUAUUCAACCAGCAUGCCUUGGACUUUACUGUGGGAAGACCCUGUUAUUUAAAAAUGGUUCAACUGAAAUAUAUGGAGAAUGUGGGGUUUGCCCAAGAGGGCAGAGAACGAAUGCACAGAAGUACUGUCAGCCUUGUACAGAAUCUCCAGAGCUCUAUGAUUGGCUCUACCUUGGAUUCAUGGCGAUGCUGCCUCUUGUUUUACAUUGGUUCUUCAUUGAAUGGUACUCGGGGAAAAAGAGCUCCAGUGCGCUCUUCCAGCACAUCACUGCGCUGUUCGAGUGCAGUGUGGCGGCUGUCAUCACCUUGCUCGUGAGUGACCCUGUGGGCGUUCUGCACAUCCGGUCUUGCCGUGUGCUGAUGCUCUCAGACUGGUACACGAUGCUCUACAACCCAAGUCCGGAUUACGUCACCACAGUGCACUGCACCCAUGAGGCAGUCUACCCACUGUACACCAUCGUGUUUAUUUAUUAUGCAUUCUGCUUGGUGUUGAUGAUGCUGCUCCGUCCCCUUCUUGUGAAGAAGAUCGCGUGUGGGUUAGGGAAGUCUGACCGAUUUAAAAGUAUUUAUGCUGCACUUUAUUUCUUCCCCAUAUUAACUGUGCUGCAGGCAGUUGGUGGAGGCCUUUUAUAUUAUGCCUUCCCAUAUAUUAUAUUAGUGUUAUCUUUGGUUACUCUGGCCGUAUACAUGUCAGCUUCUGAAAUAGAGAACUGCUAUGAUCUGCUGGUCAGGAAGAAAAGACUUAUUGUUCUCUUCAGCCACUGGCUACUUCAUGCCUAUGGAAUAAUCUCCAUUUCCAGAGUGGAUAAACUUGAGCAGGAUCUGCCCCUUUUGGCUUUGGUACCUACACCAGCCCUUUUUUACUUAUUUACUGCAAAAUUUACCGAACCUUCACGGAUACUCUCAGAAGGAGCCAAUGGACAUUGAAUAUGAAAUGCCAAAAAACUAAGAAAUGUUCUUAAUGAAAAAGUAAUUUUAAAAAAUAUGUUAGGACUCUUCUAUCAUACACAGCAACAAAAUGAUCAGUAUAGCUUAAUGUCUGUGUUCUGAUGUGUGACUCAACAGACCUAUGAUGAGGCUUGGGAAAUAGAAAAUAUCACGAUACUCUCUGUUGGCAUAUUACCUGUCACACCCUCAGCCUACGAGGAUACAUCUGCUGUUCUUAGAAGCCAGUCAUGUUUCUGUGUACCUAGCAAUGGGUUGUUUUUGUUUCAUUAAGAAAAACUUCACCAUAUAUUAUCUGAAGUAUCUAGCGGUGGCGUGUUGUACAGUUUGUUGUCGUAAAUUUGUUUCUCACCUAUAAUGAAUUACGGGCUUACUUGCAGAGUCUGGUAACAAACAUGGAAAUAAAGUAUGUUGUUUUUUGUUAUCUAUUUAUUUUCACCAAUACAGUAUUUUGAUAAUAUUGCAAAAAUAGAGCAUAAUUUAUAGAGUAAGUUUUCUGUUUAUAGUUUGGUGGAGGACAUGUUCAGAUUAUUGUUCCUGUAAAGAAAACAGUAAAAAAGAACAUAACUACAAAAAACUCAAACGUUCUGACAUGUGGUUGGUUUUUACAAUAUUAAAUAUGAAAGUAAUUUAAA